CGCUAGAGUCGCCGUGGGUCCUUUUCGGUUUGUUGUGACUUGUGAGUUCAAUAAUGUGUUUACAGUGAUGGCUGCGCCCAUUUUACGGUGGAAAAGAGUUGAAAAUCCUUCGGGACCAGCUCCUAGACCAAGACAUGGCCAUCGUGCCGUUGCCAUCAAAGAUUUGAUGGUAGUUUUCGGGGGAGGAAAUGAAGGAAUAGUUGACGAACUUCAUGUCUACAACUCAGCCACAAACCAAUGGUUUAUUCCAGUGAUGAAAGGGGACAUCCCUCCAGGAUGUGCCGCCUAUGGAUUUGUAGUAGACAACACGAGGAUCCUUGUUUUUGGAGGGAUGGUAGAGUAUGGAAAAUACUCUAAUAGGUUGUACGAGCUUCAGGCUAGUCGCUGGGAAUGGAAAAGGCUGAAACCAAAAGUUCCGAGAAAUGGACCACCUCCGUGUCCGAGACUGGGACACAGUUUCACACUAAUUGGCAAUAAAGUUUAUCUUUUUGGCGGCUUAGCAAAUGACAGUGAUGACCCUAAAAACAAUAUUCCCAGGUAUCUAAAUGAUUUGUAUACUCUGGAACUGCAUCCUAGCGGUGCUACAUCAUGGGAAAUCCCCCAAACUCGGGGAAACGAACCACCUCCCAGAGAGUCUCACACAGCAUGUGGUUACACAGACCCUGAGGGUCAUUCAAAAUUAAUCAUCUUCGGAGGAAUGAGUGGCAAUCGUCUCGGCGAUCUUUGGAUGCUUGAUAUAGACACUAUGAUGUGGACCAAACCAGAGGUUGUCGGAAUCCCACCCUUACCGCGAUCCUUGCAUACAGCUACCAUGAUCGGCAGUCGUAUGUUCAUCUUUGGUGGCUGGGUUCCUUUGGUUCUUGAUGAUGUCAAAGUAGCAGCCCAUGAAAAAGAGUGGAAAUGCACCAAUCAAUUGGCCUGUUUGAACCUAGAACAUAUGGCUUGGGAAAACUUAAUCAUGGAAACUGCCGAAGAAAACUUACCAAGAGCACGAGCGGGUCACUGUGCUGCAGCCAUACAUUGUCGCGUUUACAUUUGGUCAGGAAGAGAUGGUUACAGGAAAGCAUGGAAUAAUCAGGUGACUAAUGUUUGUUGCAAAGACUUAUGGUAUUUAGAAGUUGAGAAACCCAAAUCGACUGGAAGAGUCCAAUUAGUGCGUGCAUCAACAGAUUCUCUAGAGGUUUGCUGGCAAGGAGUGCCAACAGCUGAAUCCUAUAUUCUUCAAAUUCAAAAGUACGAGAUGCCACCGGCCAGCCAAGGAGCGUCUCCUGCGGCUCCCGCUCUGCCACAAUCGGAAACUCCAACCACAACUCAAACCCCUGUCUCUACGGCAACAACUAUCUCAGAGUCUCUACCUGUACCUUCAGCGGCUACGCAAGUAACCAAAUCUAUUAUUUCACCUAUAGUCAGUCAGCCAGUAAUGGCAGGAAUACAUGCCCUAGCCAAUGCUGCCUCCAAUACGCAAAAGCUUAAAGUGGCCGCAAGCCCAACUGCUGUGGCUAAAUCAAGAAUGACAAGUCCUAUCCAAAAUAAUGCUAUAAAAAUUAUUCAAGCCAAAACACCCGAAACAAGACCGCUCUUGGUCACAUCCAGUGCGGCAGCUGUGUCAACCGUCAGAUCGUUAACUCCUGGUCAGGCUGUUUUGAAAUCAAUCUCAACGACCCCUGGAACACAGCAAAAAAUCAUCCUUCAAAAACCUGCGGUCGGCUCGCCUGGCAGUGCAGCCUCUGGAGCAGGGACUCCUCAAAUAGUAACGCUUGUUAAGACCAACCAAGGAAUGACUGUUACGGUUCCGAAAGUGAAUCUUAUUCAAGGUAAAACAGGCACCAUUCCUGCAGGGAAAGCGUUACCUCCUGGAGCAACAAUUGUGAAACUAGUUAGUGCUCAAGGAGGAACCACCAAAGUUGGUGGGAAAAUGUUAACAACCAUGAAAACGAUGCCAUCAAACUUAGUAACUGUAAACAAAGCUGUCACUGGUGCCAACACGAAUACUCUGACUGCUGGCAAACAGCAGACUAUUGUAAUAACGAAACCAGGUGCUGCUGUUCGACCCAGUCCGCAGCAAAUAAUUGUGGUCACAACUGCUGGUCUGAGGACGGUGCAAGCUGUCACUACCUCUCAAGCAGGAGGUCUAACAUCAGCAAGUGGAGCAACUGGAAUGCGGAUGGUAGUGGUUUCAUCUGCAGGUACCGGCGCUCCUGUUGUAGGCAAACCAAUCACCAUCACUGUCCCUGGAUCAGCGCCUGGUGUUCUUCCUAAAACUGUUACCAUUGGUGGUAAAACCACCACUCUGACACCUGGAACAACAGGGGCUAUCACAAUUGGAGGAAAACCUGUCACAGUGCAAAUGGUGAGUGGACAAAAGAAUCUGGCGUUCGUUGCCCCUCCCAACAGUACUGCAACAACUGCGUAUUCAGGUUCUAUUCUGUCAUCAUUAACGAAAGUCUUGAAUACGUCAUCUAUACAAAAUAAUGCCACCGUUACAGCGCAAUUAAAGCCGAAAACGACUCCAGUUGAACAAGCUCUAAGUAGUGGAGAAGUAAAAAGUAUUAGCAGUGUUCAAGGUGACAUAGAUCUCUCCCAAAUGGAUGCAGAUGAGUCGAAUCAAAUAGAAGGUGUGAAAAAUGUCGUGUGGGAACAGGAUGGGAUGGAUGUGACGGAAGACAGUGAAAAUAGCGCACUCCAAACAGGAGUUCUUGCCGAAGACAGCAUGGAAGUAGAUAGCCAGUAAUUGUUUUAAAUAUGUGUAAAUUUUCUCCCUUUGGUUUCUGCUCUUGUGGAUUGUGGCAAUUAAUGUGGCCCAUUAGCUCAUCAAUUCUCAAGCUAGAAGCUGCACAUGAUUGUGCAAUGGUUCUCUGUAAAGUGUACAUUUUUUGACUAGAGUAGAUCGAAUUGAAUUUUGUAAAAUAGCCAGACAAAGCUCUCGCCAUUGUUCCCUGUGCCUCAGUCUUGUGGGGGUUUCAGAUGAUUAUUUUGAUAGGAUGGAUAAGUGUGACUGCGAAGUUUCUUUGGAUUUCCUUCCCAGUUUCUUUUGGAUCUCAAAGCUUUCACUUUCUUAAGUGAAAUUUUAAAACUAAUUAAUUGCCCAUAAAAAAUAGGGAUGGUGAAGAAUUGCAAAAUUUAUACAAAUUCAACUUCUGUGUAUAUGUAGGGUAAAUAAUCCUAAUUUUAUCAAGGCUAGAGUAUAAAAGGUCUGAAAAAGAGGUGAUUAAAGCCAGGUAAUUACUCGAUGUCUACGAGAACUGUAUUGUCAAAUCAGAUGUGUAUUAAGAAUCUGUACCUUUAACAGGUAUGUUGACUUCAUAAGCCAAAUUCCUAAGAUACAAUGUUUUGUAUAGAUGUUAUUCUGAUCCAAUUGUGAUAACCCUUUUUAUUUAAAUGUUUUUACUUGUAAUGACUAAUAACGAUUGCAGCCUUCACUGUACUUUGUCCAGUAGCUGCAAUAUUUCUAUCGUAAAAUGUCCGCAACCAGAUUUCUGCAGUAUGUCUCCUGCAAAUUCGAAAGAAUUUGAGUGUAUUCUUGGCUAGUGUUGGUCCAGAUAAUGGAAUCAUAUGCUCCACUCGUUUUAACCUGUACAAAUGGUCUGAAUAAUCUUAAGAGACAACUUCAAAACGAAAAAUUUUCCAGUUCCUCCUGUCAAAACUAUACAUUAAUUUUGUUCAAAUCGAAGAGGCAUCUCUUAUCAGCCAGAAAGUAUAAAAACCUUCAUUUUUUAUUUUUAUAAUUCAACUGAUCUGUUCUUUGUAGAAUCUCUCUCUUGUAAGAUGGAUCUUCAGCUAAUAUGAACAAACAGCAAGAUAUCAGUCACUGUUUAGUGUCUCUUUGCUAAAAUACUGUUUGUGCUUAAAGUUCCUGACAACACAUUUCCUGCCAAUGUGACUUUGCAUACAAGUUUCCAGCUAGCCAAGAAACUAGCAAGAAACAGGCCUAAUUUUGAAGCCUCUAUUACAAGAACUCACUGAGUUGUGAGAAGUAUUUUGAAAUUCCACUCCUAUUACAUACUCUGUGUUCAGUAAAUUGGUUGGCGUGUCUGUAACCUUCUUAUUACUUGGCAGCAGGAUGAAGAUACUUUGCGGAAGGAACCAGUUGUCAGAUCGUUUUGGCUUGUGGCACACGCCUAUUUAAUGGUCUGUAUAACUAACUUGGCAGGAAACGUGUUAUCAAAAAUGGACCCAUUACACUGGUUCGCACAUUUUUCAUGUUCGGUGUCUAUCUCAGAAAACUGCCCUCGUGAAUCACUAAAUUGUAUCCAACUUUUGCAGGCAGAGAAAUAUAAUUAUUCCAACGGUCAGUUCUACGAGCCAUUGUUUUUGGUUUUAAUGCAACAGUUUUUUUCCACUUCUUUUUUCAUUGCUCUCGGGAGUAGAUCACUAGAAUGUGCGACAAAUCUGUUCUUUUGACUUCGAAUUGAAAGCAAAACCAGUAUUUUAAUGAAGCGUGUCUGAUAUCCUAUCCAAUGCAUGAUUGUACACAAUAGAAAUUAUCGUUUGAUUUGAAGAAAAUUAGCUUCAUUUCCCUGUAAAGCAAGCACAUGCAGCAACUCCAAUGUGUGCAGAUAAAUUGGUUUGAUAAUUUGCAAGUUUUUUCUGUUGAUUCUAAUCCACGGCUAAUUGUAUUGCCAUUGUGCUACUCCUGUUGGAAGGAACGUGUUUUGAUUAUUUAAAAACUUUAAAUUGUAACCACCAGCCAUCAAGUUGUUAACUUCUUUAACAAGUUCACUGUGCCUCACUGUAAUGAUGUGUUCUGCAAGGGCCAGACAUCAGAAAUUAGGACCAAGAAUUGCACAUUGGAGUCCUCUCCGUCUGCUGUGCUAUUCGGAGCGUGUUUUCUUUGUGUCCAUUCGAGUGAAUUUGUAAAUAAUAUGUCUGAUAGAGGGAGCAAGUAUUGUUCUUUUCACUUUUCCAUCAUAAAACACCACUAUUUGAAAUGAGGUGUGUUUUUCUUUACAUUUUGUGGCAUUAAGGUAAAUACCCACCAAAAAAACUGGUUGCUGGCAACUAUCAUGUCAAAUUAAAAAUGAAUCCAGAAACUUGUCCUUUCUUACCUGUGUACUGAAACUCCAACCGUAAAAAAUAGCAGGCAAUGGUUUUUGGUGUGUGCAAAAAUAACUUAGGAACUUAUUGCCCACAGAAAAGAGGAGAUGGGUAGCGAUUGGGUGGUGAAGAAAGGGUGGAGGGUAAUAAGGAGCCAUUUUUUACAUUCAUUUCAACACAUUCAUUGCUCUCUCUUUUUUCAACAGAGCCAAUGAGGUCUUAUAAUGGAUAGGCUGUAACUUUGUUCAAUACAGCUGAUGAUUUUGUAGUAGGUAGGUACAUAUGAUUGAAUUAACCAGAUAAGAACCAAGUAACAUUAUGUUACAAUAGAGAAAUGAAGUCUAAAAUUAACCUUUAUGUGGAGAAAAGUGAUCGAUCUAUUUUUGGAAUAGUACACACUAUUCAUAAGCUUGAUUUUUUUUUUUUGGUAAGAUAAUGAGAAGCACUGAAAGAAUUUAAAACCACUCAUAACUCAUUCAUCUCGAAAAUGAGAUUUGGUUCCUUACUGUUGAACUUGGUCCAUUUGUGCUAAACCAAGCAGCUCUCUUGUCUGCUUCCCACAUUCUUUCAUCUUUGUUGUCCCUUUGCUAACGUCUUGAAUGUGUUUUGUAGAAAAAAGGCGUCUCUGAUCACUUAAUAUUGAAUUGCAUAGAUUUGAUAUGUAAGGGCGAAAUAGAAAAUUAAAUGCUUCCAAGCAUGCCAGUACACUCAAAUCUACAAGCCAGUUGUGCAAAGAAACACAUUAGUCAAAAAUGUUUUAGUCUCAAAUGGACGGCGUUCAGCACAAAGGAACCAAGCCACAUCAGCUAUUGCCAAAUUUAAUCGAGCAAUUUAGCUUUUUACAUAAAAACGGUUGUGCAGAUUGUUGUGCAAAUUUCAGUGAAUUUUCUGCAUAGUACAAAGGAAAUUCCUUAAAAUUUUUGAAAGAACAUGCACUAACAUUCUCCUGUAAAAAAUUAAAUUGCCCAGUUAAAUUUGGCAGUAGCUGAUGUGGCUCGGUCCCUUUCUGCUGAACGCGGUUCAAUUGUUCUCAGAUACACACAAUGCCCCACGGAUGGGUUGUCUCUUUGAUCAGUGUUUUCUUCUAUUUUUUUAUCCCUUAAUUCAAUUUUUUUUGUCAGUUGAAGAACCCCCCAUUAGUUGGCCUUUUUUGCCCUUCUUAAAGUCAGAAAGGUUUUCAGUGGUCCUAGUAGUUCUGUUUACUCUUCAACUGUUAAGUCAGAAAGGCCAACUUUCUGCAGGGUUUCAAGCACCUUGAUAAAACAUUAAAUUAUGAAAGGCUGCUGUAAAUAUACUCUCAAUCUGGAUACCCUGUAUCUUAAUACUAGGAUUAACUUUAAUUUUCUAAGUUAAUUUAUUUAUUCUUGUUUUUUUUUUUCUUUUCCUUUCGGAAUACACUGAUGUAAAGUGUUAGCAGUCAAGGUCUGACUUUGAUCAUGUUGAUUCAAAUGUUGCUUGUAGAGAUUACUUAAGGAUUUUAUUCUAGCUGUUAUCAUUGACAUUAUCUUCAAAGUUCAGAUAUCAAAUUUUUCCAACUUUUUCAGCAGGAUACAUUUAUGCUGAAGAACCCAUCUGGCAGGGUGGUUUGAUUCAGGGUGAAUUCUCUCCGCAAAUGCAUCCAAUUAGAAUUGUACAUAGGCAAUGUAAAAUAAUUAAUGACUCUGAAUAUCUUGCUGUUAAAAGAGCAGCUUUGGAACAAAGUCUAAAGUUGCCUUUUCUCGUCUUCCCUUCCUCUCUACUUUCCAAACGUUAAAAUUUAAAGUAGCCCCUACUCGGCACGAGCUUAAUAUAAUGCAAUUUCAAUUAGUCAUGAUCAAACUCUACAUGCAAAAUUGACUCCUUCAGAAUCUUAUAGUCAACAACUUUUAGCUACUUCAUAGGAAUUUAUCGAUUAAAAUUUGCCCUCUAGUUUGAAAAUUGAAAAUUGGAGGAGCUAGACUUCUUAAAUAGGGAAAUUUCGCUUUUAGUGACAAACUCUCAAAAGCGAUAGUUUUCUUUCCAAGAGGGUCUGAACUUAGUGGCCUCGAGUCAAUAGUGGAACAUUUUCAACUGGAAAAUCCUGAAAAAAUCUCACAAUUUUUUUCGAGUUUGAUUGUGAUUGGAUCUUAAGGUUGAACUUUCGUUAGACUAAUUGGAUUACAUUUUGCAUUAAGGAACCACUAUCUCUGGCUCUCCCAUUAAAGCACAUAUCUGCAUAGGGAAGCCAAUGGCAUGUAUGUCCUUUCUAAAAUGGGCCAGAAAUAGUGAUUCCUUAUUGCAAAAUGAAAUCCAAUUCAUCCAGAACUGAAUAAUCUUCAAUGAUUUGAGCUACAUUUAAAAAAUGUGUAUGAAUAAUUUUGAAGUAAGGGAGACUAAUGGUUUUCCAAGGAAUUUUUGUCAAAGAUGAAUGUUAAGAAAAUGCUGAUGCUUAAUACCGAUGUCCUGGUCUUAACUUCUCGAGGCCUAAUUUAUCAAACUGGCAUUUUUAUUCUCACCAUCAACUUUCCUAUUUGUUUUAAGGUAGAAGUGAUAAUUUAAAGAACUUCUCUCAUUUGAGGGUCCGAGAAAUAAAAUUUCUUCUUUAAUUAAAAAUAUUCUGAUCCAUCAUUGACAUUCCUAUUAGGACUGUUAUUUGUCUAAAAACGAGUUGAGCUGUCUGUUGUUUCAAAGAUUAACAUCCUUAUCAAAGAGAGUUUACUGUUCAAGUAUUUAAUCAAUGAGCAAGGCCUAUGGCAGUGGGUAACUUGAGCUACCUCAUAAUGAAAGGGAAUAACACCAUCCAAAGAAUCAGACAAGCUCCAAGUUUUUCCCAGCCGGUAUUUAAGUAUUUUCACUUCCAGUAUUUCAUCAUGGUUUCACUGUUUUUCAAUUCAACAUUAGCCUAUGUUGUAUGUAUGAGUUACUUGGGGAAGAGAGAUUUUGUGAAUUCAAGAUAAUUUUACUAUUGCGUAAUUUGUAAUUAUGUACUAGCUGUUUGUAAAUAAUGAAUAAUAAAAUAUCAUGUUUGUAUGGAAAAUUGAAA